CAGCCACAGGACAAAAUGGAUCCGCGGGUCCCGGGGCUUUCCCCGCUUUGGGCCGAACCCAGCAGGUUCCAGGCAGAGUUUGGCCGCAGGGCCUGGGAGUUCAGCCCAGCCCGGCCCGGGGGUCCCGCAGGGCGUGGCCGGGGAGGGUCCGGGGAGGGGAUCCAGGUGAAUUCCCUGGAAUUCCCCCUUUUCCCCUCCCCCCCCGCGCUCCCUCGGUCCCUUUCGCGUUUCCCAAACUGCGCCACAGCUGCGCUCGGUGACGGCUGCGAUGGCUCCAGCGCUGGGUCUGGGGGUGCUCUUGGGGCUCCUGGGACUCCUCGGGGCCCCGGGGGGGGGGGGGGGGGGGGGGCGGCGAAAGUUCUCCACUCCCUGCGGUACCUGCACGUGGCGGUGUCGGAGCCCGGCCCGGGGGUCCCCCAGUUCGUGUCCGUGGGGUUCCUGGAUGGAAUCCCCUUCUGGCGUUACGACAGCGAGCGGGGCCGGAUGGAGCCGCAGACGCCGUGGAUGGAGGAGGGACCUGAGCCGGGAUAUUGGGAUGGCCAGACUGAGAUCUGCAAGGGGAACCAGCACACCGAUGCCAUUGACCUGGAGAUGCUGCACGUCCGGUACAACCAGAGCAGGGGUCUCCACACACUGCAGUACAUUUAUGGCUGUGACCUCCUGUCCGAUGGGAGCGUCCAUGGAUCCUUUCGGUAUGGCUACGACGGGCGGGAUUUCCUCUCCUUCGAGCCGGGAUCCCAGAGCUUCGUGGUGGCCGAUGGCACUGCCCAGGUCACCAGGAGGCUCCGGAAUAGUGACGGGUUCACGGUGGAGCGACAGAAGAAUUACCCGAAGCACAUCUGCCCAGAAGAGCUCCGAAAAUAUGUCAGAUAUGGGAAGCAGGCGCUGGAACACAAAGAGCCCCCCGAUGUCCACGUGUCCGAAAAAGAGGAAUUCGGGACGCUGAUCUUGUCCUGCCACGCCUACGGAUUCUACCCCAGGCCCAUUGCAGUCAGCUGGAUGAAGGGGGAUGAAAUCCGGGAUCAGGAGACGGUCGUUCCCAACAGCGACGGCACCUUCCACACCUGGGCCAGGAUCGAGGCGCGGCCGGAGGAGCGGGAGCAGUACCGGUGCCGGGUGGAGCAUUCCAGAAUGCUGGAGCCCGGGAUCUUCGCCUGGGAGCCGGAAUCCGGCAGGAAUCUCACCCUGGUGGUCACUGUGUUCGUCAUCACUGCCAUCGUCAUCCUCGUUCUCCUCGUUGGAUUCAUCGUAUGGAAGCUCCAAUCCGGGAGGUGGCAGAACCAUGGAUACAGCCCGCCAGCCGGAAAAGACGUGGAAACCAACGGCUCGACUGCAGUACAAAUCACCGCCUGAGCGAUCCACGCAGCGGAGCCGGAGCCGGCCCCUUCUCUCUUCAGAUUCGGCAGAUUCAGCCAAGCUCAUCCCGCUGCUCCCACCUGUGGUGGCUGGUGAACGUACAUUACAGGGGACAGAGAGUUCUCAGUAAGACAAGUCCCUGGUACCAUAAGAGCCUUUUUAUGCUAGGGUGACCAAAAAGGCUUCUCCCAGGAUGCAUGGUUCUGUUACGUUAAUCUACCCCAGGUUGACUUUCCCGGUUGGCUGUUGGCCUCUACCCCUCAUCACUCCCCCACAGCUUCCCCACUGGUCCCCGUUCCCUAGUCCCAUCUUUUCCCCGCCCCCGGAUAGAACUGUGAGUUUCAGGAUUAUGUUUGUAUUUGCCCCUGCACCUUUCGACAGUGUAGAAGCAAUAAAUGCUCCUGCCAGAACGCAGGCAAGUACCCUU